AUGGUUGAAAGUGCACUAGAAAAUGAAACACCCAAAGUUAAAGACAGUGAUAACUUUGAGAACAGAAAUGAAAAUAAAGGAAGUGAUAACUCUGAAAUUGACAGCGGAACCGAAAAUAGGUGGGAAAAGGCAAUGGAUGAUGAAAUAAUGUCACUUAAAGAUAACAACACAUUCGAAGUAGUCAGAUUACCGGAGGAUAAAAAUUUAGUGGGGGGUAAGUGGGUAUUCGCCAUUAAGGAAUCGGCUGAAGGUAACCAGGCAUACAAAGCAAGAUAUGUUUCAAAGGGAUUUAUUCAAGUAGAAGAUAAUGAACCUCCUACAUUGACAUGUCCAGUUGACCCUACUGUGGAUACUGACAUAGGUGCUCCCACAGCAUCAGUUGACUACUCAACGGAAAUACAUGCAAAUGACAACUCCGGAGAUGUCCCCACAAUCUCUCCUGAUCCAAACAUUACAUUUCCAGCUAAUCUCAUUAUUGGAGCAACUAUAUUUAAUUUUACAGCUAUGGACUCAUCGGGAAAUGCAGAUAAUUGUACAUUUACUAUAAACAUCAAAGAUAAUGAACCUCCUACAUUGACAUGUCCAGUUAACCAUACUGUGGAUACUGACAUAGGUGCUCCCACAGCAGCAGUUGACUACUCAACGGAAAUACAUGCAGAUGACAACUCCGGAGAUGUCCCCACAAUCUCUCCUGAUCCAUACAUUACAUUUCCAGCUAAUCUCAUUAUUGGAGCAACUACAUUUAAUUUUACAGCUAUGGACUCAUCUGGAAAUGCAGAUAAUUGUACAUUUACUAUAAACGUCAAAGAUAAUGAACAUCCUACAUUGACAUGUCCAGUUGACCCUACUGUGGAUACUGACAUAGGUGCUCCCACAGCAUCAGUUGACUACUCAGCGGAAAUACAUGCAAAUGACAACUCCGGAGAUGUCCCCACAAUCUCUCCUGAUCCCAACAUUGCAUUUCCAGCUAAUCUCAUUAUAGGAUCAACUCUAUUUGAUUUUACAGCUACGGACACAUCGAGAAAUGCAAAUAAUUGUACAUUUACAAUAAAGGUCGAAGAUAAUGAACCUCCUACAUUGACAUGUCCAGUUGACCCUACUGUGGAUACUGACAUAGGUGCUCCCACAGCAUCAGUUGACUACUCAGCGGAAAUACAUGCAAAUGACAACUCCGGAGAUGUCCCCACAAUCUCUCCUGAUCCCAACAUUACAUUUCCAGCUAAUCUCAUUAUUGGAGCAACUAUAUUUAAUUUUACAGCUAUGGACUCAUCGGGAAAUGCAGAUAAUUGUACAUUUACUAUAAACGUCGAAGAUAAUGAACCUCCUACAUUAACAUGUCCAGUUGACUGUACUGUGGAUACUGACAUAGGUGCUCCCACAGCAUCAGUUGACUACUCAGCGGAAAUACAUGCAAAUGACAACUCCGGAGAUGUCCCCACAAUCUCUCCUGAUCCCAACAUUACAUUUCCAGCUAAUCUCAUUAUUGGAGCAACUCUAUUUAAUUUUACAGCUAUGGACUCGUCGGGAAAUGCAAAUAAUUGUACAUUUACGAUAAACGUCGAAGAUAAUGAACCUCCUACAUUGACAUGUCCAGUUAACCAUACAGUGGAUACUGACAUAGGUGCUCCCACAGCAGCAGUUGACUACUCAACGAAAAUACAUGCAAAUGACAACUCCGGAGAUGUCCCCACAAUCUCUCCUGAUCCCAACAUUGCAUUUCCAGAUAAUCUUAUUAUAGGAGCAACUCUAUUUCAUUUUACAGCUACGGACUCAUCGGGAAAUGUAAAUAAUUGUAUAUUUACAAUAAAGAUCGAAG